UAGGACACUCUUGAGACGGUAUGUAAUAAAUGGGCCACUGGUCAAACAGCGCUGUAUUACCAUGCAAGAUUCUAAGUACUUUCAGUAUGACUCUUCCAGCUCGGUCCACACUCGAUAUUAUCCAGUUCCGGACUCGGGGUGACUGUCUGGCUCGACAUAAAGCGCGCAGUGGCUCGGCGGGAUCGCGUAGGGCGGGCCUUUAACGCGCCCCUGCUACAGGGAUACCAAGAUGGAAAUUCAGGGGCUUUCUAAUGCCCAAAACACUCACUACAAACAUGGCGUCCCGCUUCAGACUGGUAUGUCGUCGUCGGGAACGACAACGGGGAUUGUAUCUAGACAAACUUCACAUGAAAACGGUAACAGCUUCGGAUCGCAAAGCGACAACAACAAGCGGCCCUCGUCUGCUCCGCUUCGACUGCUGGCACAAAAUGGCAGCAGAGCUCGGCUCUCUGUACAACAGAAACGCGGAGAAAGCAGCAGUACGCCGUCAGAGGACGUUCAGGUGGCUCAUAUUGAGCUCUGUAACCUGAACGUGAUGAAGGAAAAAGAGUACGGUGAUUUAGAUCUACCGCCUGACUUCGUGAGGGCCGAGCUGAAGUACGGAGAAGAGAACGAGGACGGCGUGCUGCAAAUGGCGCUGCCGCUUUUCGACGGGGAGGAAGACGGGUACACUGCACAGUGUGAGCAACGACAACAACACCGAGAGCCAGUGAUGAGAGACGCGUGUUUAUCUGCAAGCGACGGGUCUUCCGAGGCUAAAAACCCUAAGGAGUUUUACGUUGUUUUCAACAAAGUACAGGAAGUGCGUAAAGAUGAUGGGGAGAAGAGAGCAGAGUGCUCCAGAUCGACUUACGGCCCAUCAGAGGUGCAACACACCCCGGUUUAUCCUGAAUCACUAGACCGCAAUUUGACAAUCAAAGCCAAAUCAUCUUCCACAUGCAGUGUUGAUGGUUUGAAAACCAGCUGUAAGCUAGUAAAUGAAACCUGCCCUGCCACAGGCGGAAAGCAGGAAGCUGAGAAGCGCACCACGGGCGGCGUUAAGAGGACGGAUGAGAAGCUGUCUGGGGUGAUGGCCUGUAGUGAUUUAGUAUCGGUGGAGAAGGAUAAAGGACAGUUCACGGAGUGUGAAACGAAAAACGACAGCACUGAAAUGUCGGCGGACAGUAGCGGCCCGGCUUUCAUGGCGGACUGCAUGAAUUUGGCAUGCAGUAUUAACGGAGAUGCGGCCGCCGACGGGCCGCCCGAGACCUUCUCCGGUACCAUCAUGAUCAACAACCAGAGCAUUAUCGUGACUAUCGAGAACGGUGUUUUAACUCUGGCGGCCCCGCCUGAAGGCUACACAUACAAGGAGGACACAGUGGUGAGUCUGAAAGAGCAUUUGGGCGUGAAGGAGCAUGAAGACAUUGUCCUCCUGAACUACGAGGGUGGCACGAAAUCUCUGGGGAAGAUGGCCGAGGACGAGGGCGGCGCCGUGAGCGACUCCGAGGAGCUUACGCUGACCGACGACUGCUCACUGUCGGAGCUAGGCGCUCUGGACAACUGUCCGUCCGUUAAAAGGGAACAAGGAACUCUGUGCGACUCUGAUGCCACAGCUCAGACACCAAGAGGUCCGACUGAAGAUGAUCUGCAGCCCGCAAGCCUCGUCUCUCCAUCCGGCUUAGCUAAGAAAGGCGUUGCGGUGUCAUACCGCUGCCCACAGCCUGGCUGCGCAUGCGCGUUUGACAGCCGACAGAAGCUGAAGAUGCACUUGGUGUUUCACGCUGAAGACCAGCGGCCCUUCAAGUGCACAGUGGAGGGCUGUGGCUGGUCCUUCACCACCUCCUAUAAGCUGAAGCGACACCUGCAAUCGCACGACAAAGUGCGACCCUACGAGUGCGAGUAUGAAAAUUGCGGCCGCCGCUUCACCACCGUUUAUAACUUGAAGGCGCAUGCGCGAGCGCACGAGCAGGAGGACGCGUUUGCGUGCGAACUGUGCGGAGAAAGGUUCCGCAGCGCCACGCGCCUCGCCAACCAUCAGAGGACGCACUUCGAGCCCGAACGGCCACACAAGUGCGAGUUCCCAGGAUGUGAGAAGGCCUUCAUCACCUUCAGUGCUCUGUUCUCCCACAACAGGACCCACUUCAGAGAGACAAGCCAGUUCACGUGUACAUACCCAGGCUGUGACAAGCGUUAUGACAAGGCCUGCCGCCUUAAAAUCCAUCUUCGUAGUCAUACAGGUGAGAGGCCAUUUGUCUGUGACUCAGAAUCUUGUGGCUGGACUUUCACUAGCAUGUCAAAGCUGCUGCGCCACAAAAGGAAGCAUGAUGAUGAUCGGCGCUUCACCUGUCCAGAAGAAGGGUGUGGGAAGUCCUUUACCCGUGCAGAGCACCUGAAAGGCCACAGUGUCACCCACCUGGGCACUAAGCCUUUCGAGUGCCCAGUAGAAGGAUGUAAUGCUAAGUUCUCAGCACGGAGUAGCCUAUACAUCCACUCUAAGAAACACCGCCAGGAUGGGGUGUCUCUGAGGAGCAGAUGCCCUGUUGCAGGAUGCACCAAGCACUUCUCAUCUCGCAGCAGCCUCAAGAGUCAUAUGCUUAAACACCACAACCUCAGCCCAGAUGUGUUGUGUCAAUUGGAAAACACAGCCACUCUCACACCCAGCUGUGAGCUCACCAGCGCUGCUCAGAGUGCCACCACUCCUGGCUCUGUGGGAACAGAGCUAAGCAGCUUGGAUCUCUCCUCCCUUUUCUCCAAUGUUCCCUCAGGAGCCUCCAAUGUACCUACCGGUCCUGCCCCUCAGUCAGUCCCUGCUUCCUUCACCAUGGACAUGGCUCUAGCGACCAGUGGGAUUCUUACCAUAGAUCCAGCCUCAGUGGGCUCGGCUUUGGGAGGAGCCAAAUCCGUCGACCCUCUGAUCUUGGCUGCAGGUGGGGAUAUGGGGGUACUGGAUGCAGGGGGAGGGGGUGGGGUCUUACAGCAAGCUGCACUGCAAUUGGAUGAUGUACAGACGGUGAACCCUGAGGCACUUGGAGCGUUAACGGCCUUGGCUAUUCAGAGCACCUCAGCCGCAGAGCAGCUCCAAGCCCUGAGCUCCUCCAAUGUUUUAACGGCAGAGUCACCUUCCUCCUCUCUGACCCCAUCCCUUACUCCCUCCCUCUCUUCCUCACUCACGUCGCCACUGUCAUCAUCUCUUGCUCCAUCUCUUGCCUCCUCUCUUGUUCCAUCUUUGGCUUCUUCUGCAGUACCAGAGCUGCUGUCUCCCCAGGUAAAGGCAGAUAUGGGAGGCAGUGAAGCAGCUGUGGGGCAAUUACUAAGUGGAGUAGAGGUCCUGAGCCAGCAGGAGAACAGCAAGGCUCUGAAUCAGUUUGUUUUCCCUAGCCACAGCACAUCCUACAGCGGGCAGAAAGAGACAGACCUUCCAUCGGUCGCUCCUUGUGCUUUUAUUGAGAGCAGUGGUUCCGCACGCACAGAUUACAGGGCCAUCCAACUGGCAAAGCAGAAGAAGCAGAAAGGCCCUGCUGCAAGUCCAUCUACUGCAGGGGUAACUCAGCGGAAGACUAAGGGGGUGAAGAGUCCCAAUGCUGCAGGGACAUUAGUUUCAGGAAGUGCUCGAUUUGGAGAAGGGACUACAUCGACAACCACGGCAGGUCUCACUAUCCGAGACCCAGUUACCGGAGUACAGUAUGUACAGAUUCAGCUACUGCAGGAUGACCCGGCCACAGAUGGAGAUUUGGCUUUCCAACUCAGUUCACAGACCUCCAGUUCUCAUUCCCAGCUGACCGUUGACCUGCCUGUCAACAUCUUGCAGGAGCCUUCUGCCAUGGCUGAGGAUGAUAAUGGAUCUGAUAAUUCUCAGUUCACUGGCAGUACCAUUAACCUACAGGACCUGGAAUAAGAGACUCGCGUGUUUCUUCUCUCUUUCUUACCUUCACAAAAGGCAUCUGUUUUCAGAUGUCAGGGUGUUUGUGUCUAUGUGUUUUCUACGAGGUGUUUCCGAGCUUAAUGGUGCAGCAAUUUGAAUUUAAAAUAGCAUAUUUAAACAGCCUAAUUCCACUCUUCCAGGAUAAAACGUAUUUGACCAGAAGUAAACUUCUUUCUUGUGCUUCAUGUAUUAGCUAAGUUUCCUUUGUAGAGAACAUGAGCUGUUAUUGCUGACAGAGUACUUAUGAGCCAACUCUGUGUUCAUGUCAUUAAAUGAACAGCAAUGAGUUGUCACAUAGGUUUUAAUAUAUUCUAUAUUAAUUUCAAGAAGGCAUAUACUUUGAUUUGGGGAGUAUCAUUGUGUGACAGCUGCUUGAUAUAUCUGGUAUAUUUUGUUAAGUCUAUGUUAAAGCAGUGUUGUGUAAUUGGAUUGUGAACCAGCACAUUAAGGUAUAACAGAUGUAUCAUUUUAUUAUUAUUUGUACAGCACCAUACUCAUAAAAAUAACUGUUAUGAACAUUGUCUUGAGGUUGUCUCCAAGUCCUGAUGAGAACUGCUUUUAUAAUCAUGAAAGGCCCCACCCCCCACUGUUUGUUUAUUUUUGUAUGAUUUGUAUAAAAUACAGUGUACUACUUUGUUUUGUGUGUAUGAGAAUAUGACAUAGAAGAUUAAAAGUUGCUGCACUUUUAAUAAAACAUGACCAUAUGUAUGUUA